AUGGAUGAUCAUGGAACAAAAACCCGACGAAAGCCAUUGAGUUGGUGUAAAUUAAUCAUUUCGGCCUUGAUUCCAUGUGUCUUAGGUAUCUUUACAAUUCUUUUUACGUUGCAACAACAAGAUCUCUCGAAACAACAACAACAACAAGAACGUUGGCAUCAACUUGAUUCUCAACGGCAAACAUCGUUCAAUGCAUAUAUUGAUGACAUAUCGAAGUUUCUCGCACAAGAAAUGGCUAUACAUCCGGUGAUCGACAAAACUUCCCUGCUUUAUAUCCGAACGAAAACAUUAACUGUUUUACGAACUUUGGAUGCUGAACGUAAAAAAUACGUUCUUUUAUUUUUAUAUGAAAGUGGUCUCAUUCGCAAUUCUGGUCUUGACUUGCGUGGCGCUGAUCUAAACAAUGUUCAAUUGAUUGGACCGUACAAAUUAGACAAUUUAUAUCUGCCCGAUGUGUUCUUGUCAAAUGUCACAUUUGUUGAUUGUCAUUUGAAAAAUGCAACUUUCGAUCGAUCAGUUAUGAAUAAUGCACGUUUCAUUCGAUCAACAUUAGAAUCAGCUUCAUUAGGCGAGACUGUCUUGAAUAACACGGAUUUCACAGGAACUACGAUCAUUUUUGCGAAUUUCACUGGAGCAUUUCUAAUCGGAGCAAAUUUUCUCAGUGCAGAAGUAGUUCAAGGUCUCACAUUUACGAAUAGUGAUUUAUUUGAAGCUCAUUUCACUGAAGAACAAUUUCAAGGGCAACGUGCCACUAUGUUAGCACACAAUUUUAGUCACGCACGCUUACCUAAUGGAACUUUCGGACCGAUUGAUGCAAAAAAGAAUCUCAUUCAGAAUGGUGAUGCUGAACGGAAUGUCAAAACUCGAGUUACUCAAAUCAUCGAUCUUCGCCUUUAUUCACUUCUCAUUGACGCUGGUCAAGGAGUCUUUGCUGCAUCAGCGCUUAUGGGUUGUGAUGUACCUGGCAAUAAUGCAUACAUGUCUGUGAGUAUGCAGCGUUCUGAUGGAUUGAUACAAGGACAACGAUUGUAUUUAAGCUCAGAUGGAAUCAAGUUGGAUGAUACAUUUGUGAUGCAACCGCAUCAAAUACGAGUACAACGAAUGAUAGAAUAUACACGUCGUGUCACCAUCACUUUCGGCGUAGAAACAUUGCCAAAAUCAGGUACUUGGUGUUACUUUGACCAUAUGGCAUUCAUCGUUCGACAGACAAUCUGA